AUGUCUGUGAUGCUGGAGACCGUCGGUUUUUUCAUGGCGACCAUCGGCUGCGGGAUGUUGGGGAUCACGCUCUUCAACAGCUACUGGAGGGUCUCCACCAUCUCCGGCAACGUCAUUACCACCUCCACCAUCUUCGAGAACCUGUGGCAGAGCUGCGCCACCGACUCCACGGGCGUCUACAACUGCUGGGAGUUCCAGUCGCUGCUGGAGCUGCCAGGUGAGCGGCAGGGAAGGGAAAGCGGAGGAGGGGUCCUCGGAUCUCGCAGGACAGGAAGGCAGGUUGGCAUCCAUGCAUAAGGGAAGUGGGAAGGCGAGUGGCAGCUGGGUGACCAUUGGCAGGACAUCGAUUGGCCAUGGGAAUGAGAGCGAAUGCCCAUGGGAGUGAAUCCGGUGGCCAUGGGAAGGGCAGUGAAUGUCCAUGGGAAUGGCGCCAGGUGGCCAUGGGAAUGACACCAGGUGGCCAUGGGAAUGAUACUGAAUAACCUGGGAAAGACACCAGGUGGCCAUGGGAAUGACAGUGAAUGCUCAUGGGAAUGACACCAGGUGACCAUGGGAAUGACUGAAUGCCCAUGGGAAUGGCACCAGGUGGCCAUGGGAAUGACUGAAUGCCCAUGGGAAUGGCACCAGGUGGCCAUGGGAAUGACACCAGGUGACCAUGGGAAUGACAGUGAAUGUCCAUGGGAAUGACACCAGGUGGCCAUGGGAAUGACACCAGGUGGCCAUGGGAAUGACAGUGAAUGCCCAUGGGAAUGGCACCAGGUGCCAUGGCAAAGACACCAGGUGACCAUGGGAAUGACAGUGAAUGUCCAUGGGAAUGACACCAGGUGGCCAUGGGAAUGACAGUGAAUGUCCAUGGGAAUGACACAGGUGGCCAUGGGAAUGACAGUGAAUGCCCAUGGGAAUGACGCCAGGUGACCAUGGGAAUGACACCAGGUGGCCAUGGGAAUGACAUGCGUUGUCUAUGGGAAAGACACUAUAUGACAUACGAACCCAAGAAGAGCUUGCUGCAGGCAUAGGGAAACUCGGCCCUCCAGAUGUUUUGGGACUACAACUCCCAUCAUCCCUGACCACUGGUCCUGUUAGCUAGGGAUGAUGGGAGCUGUAGUCCCAAAACAUCUGGAGGGCCGAGUUUGCCUAUGCCUGGCUUGCUGGAUCAGGCCAAUGGCCUGUCUAGCCCAACAUCCUGUUCUCCCAGUGGCCAACCAGAUGCCUGUGGUAAACCAGCAAGCAGGAUUCAAGCACAGCAGCAUUCUCUCCCCCUAUGGUUUCUAGCAACUGGUUUUCAGAAGCAUUCUUGCCUGCAGCUGUAGAGGAGGCAGAGCUUACCAUCCUGGCUAGGAGCCAUUGACAGCCCUCUCCUCCAUGUUUCUGUCGAAUCCUCUUUUUACACCACCUUGGUUGGCCAUCGCUGCCUCCUGUGGCAGUGAGUUCCUUAGAUUAACAAAGAGCUUUCACUUUAGCCAUGGAGAAUGCUUCCGAGUGGCCAUGGGAAUGGCACCAAGGGGUCAUGGAAAUGGCUCCGAACGGCAGCUGCAUUUGCUCCUGUUUGGGCAUCCCAGAAUAGUUUCUUUUCUACCCGCUUCCACCCAUGCACAGGCCCCAGUCUAUUUUCCUACUGGGCAGCUCUUAGUAGGCAUUAGGGAGGUUUCUGGGCAAAACCCACCCAGACUGAGUCCCUUCCCAUUGAACCUGUUGCAGCAAAUUCCUAAGAGAUCCCUUCCUCUCUUUACCACUUUCCUCCAGGCUGGAUGCCUCGCCUUUACAUUCGUUUCUGGAAAAGCGGGGUGAAGGGGGACCAGAUUUGUUACACCACCUGCCUGCGGCAGCUGGGAGACAACCCAAAGGAGUGCUAGCUGGGUAUAUUUAAAUCCUUUGCCCAUGCUCAGAGGCGCUUUGUUAAUUAGUUUGCAUAUUGUAUAGCGAAUCUAGAGAAGAGCUCGCCAAGGCUGCCAGAAAGGGUGAUCCAGAAUUUUAAACUCUGCCCCAGGAUAAACUGCCAAGUCAGCAUGCCCUAUGUAUUAUACUAGCUUAUAUAACUAACGGUCAGUCGGACCUUUCAGCGGGCAUGCAAAAGCCAUGACAGAAGUUCCUCUGAGCAUGUGCAGAGCAAUCUCUUUUUCCCAUUAGAUCUGGCUUCGAUGUAGGCUAGAAACCUUCUGUUACAUCUUUCUGCCAAGAUUCUCCCGGAUCUUGAAUAGUUGCACGACAGGCAGAAAUCCAACAGAUGUAGCUUCCAUCAGCAUCGAGCUAAAGUAGCGCUACAAAGAGUUUCUUCCGUGGAAUUUCUGCGGAAGAGACAAUCUGGGAAAGCAAUCUCCUUUCCCUUUCCCAGCUAAGCACUGUUGGGCGGUGGGGGGGGGGGCGUGCGAUAUGGGUACAGUACCUGUUCGAUUGACCAUGAUGGAAUUAGACUUCUGUGUCAAAAAACCCCACACAGUCCUGAACCAUUUUGAUGCAGUGUUCUGGGGCAUGUGCAGAGUGCUUUUCUCUCUCCGCACCCCUACACAUCUGGGGUUUGGGGAAGCGCUUCCGUCUUAGAGGGAGUGGGGGGGGGAAUGCCGAUUGUGAGCGUUUCUCCUAAGGCCCUGCAGGGGACAGCGAUGAGCAAUGAAAUGAUCUCCGACAGGAAAAUAGGUUACAAGAGAGUAAACUGCCUUUUGGCUGCAACUGUCACCUCAUGCGCCAAACGGGGUUGUUGUGUUAGUCUGCAUCCUGGAAGGUUGUUUGCAGAAUGGUUCUGCUAGCUGCAAACGUUCAGAACAGCUGUGUAUCUGCUGGCACGUGGGGGAAGGUAACAUCAUGGAAAAAACCCAAAACAAAAGCCGUCCUUUCCGGGGGGCUGAAGGGGGCUGGCGACUGUGUGCAAACCGAGGUUGCCAACUGCUCGCGCGGCUGUGCUUUUAACCGCAGCUCGAUGCAAGGCGUGGCGCGUAUUGUUCGCGAAUUGCCACCGAUGCUUGUGAUCUCUCCUCUUCCAAACCGCUGCAGGCUGCUGUCUGCUAAGUGUACAGUAUUCAGUUGCUCUGCCUAUGACCAUUCCCUCUGUUUCCGAUGUCCAGGCUUUGAAUGCGUCGGUUAUGUAGCCGAAAUGGAACUUCCCUGCGCAAGGGGGAUCCAUCACAGGCAGCCUUAGAAGAACCCUAAAGUCUGCAGAUAUGUAGAACGCUUUAGGAGGGGGCGGGACUAAGGGAGAGAACUCCCCGCCCCCCAAAAGAGCUUCUGCCCAAUAAGAACCGAGCAAACCUGGUGGCCGCAGAAUGCUGACCGACAGUAAGGAGAGAAGAAUGGAAUGGAGUAACUUGGGAAAGGGCAUGGCUGGCUGGCUUGCAUCAUGAACAGGAGCGUUUCAACAGGCACCCCUUUGUUGUGCUUUACUAAUAUAAAAGCAACUUUGAGAGGAGGCAAUUGGUAGUAGAAAAUCUUGUGAGGGCAGGGAUGGAAUAAUCUGGCCACGUUGCUUUCUCGCAGCAUCUCAGGUUUUUUUCCCUAAACUUUGCACUGAGAUACAGAGUGGUGUAGUGGCUGGGCAACCUUAAGUCAGUCACUCACUCUCAACCUACCUUACAGGGUUGUUGUAAAUGAUAGAGUGGAGAGGACCUGUUACACCACCCUGAGCUCCUUGAGAAAAGACAGGAUCUAAAUGUAAUAAUAAUAAUAAUAAUAAUAAUAAUAAUAAUAAUAAUAAAAAACCAGUUGGUUUUUUAAAGAACUCAUGAAAAUUCACUAGCAUUCUUAGUGUGAAUUUAUCCUAGCACUUUUUUUGCAUGCAAUUUUGCUUAACAUACCAAAGAAAAGAGAAAAUCUGUCAUUUUUGCAAAGCAAUUCUCCCCAGCAAAUUGCAUUUGUAUAUGUUAGACUCACAAAUACAUUUGAAUAGGUUGUUUUCACUUAUAAAUGAAUUCUCGUGCACACUUCACUCUGGUGUUUGCAUUUUUGUACACAUUGCCAAGCUGAAGAACAGCAAUGCCAAACUCACAGAAGUGUGAAUAUUGAAGGAUGGCUCACGGCUGUGUUUUGGUUCGCUUUUUCUCUUUGAAAGUGUGCAUUAGGUAGGUUUACCUUUAAAUGCCAAUGGGAUCCCUUCCCAUCUUUAGGUGCAGGUCAGUGGGAGGGGGACAAUCAAUUGGAGGAGGCUUUGAGGUCUUCUUCGCCAGAAUCCCUCCUUCUCCUGGGAUCUGUUCCCGCUGGGUCAUCAAUCACCCCAUCAUGAGCAGGAACAGGCUCAGCCGGAAGACAUUUUGCUGCCUUGGGCAAAGGACAAGCUGGACCUCCUAGUGCCUCCAACAUCCUCCAUGUCACAUAAAGAUGACGAGUAGCCUGGUACCUGAAUAUUGGUUCAUCACUGGCAAGAGGACAGCAUCCUUCAGGGCACCUGAGGACAGCAGGACAGUUUUUAGGGAGUGCAGGACAGGCUGUGAGGCACACUUAUCUCUCAUCCUCCUUGCUAGGGAACAGCUAAUCUGUCAAUUUUGUUCUCUCCCAAUGUUUCAUUUUUCCAGUCUUCAAGUUCAGCUCUCUACAUUUUGACAUCAGUUACCAAUUUUUAACUCUGCGAAUAAAUAAGUAAACUUAAAUUCAAUCCAACUUUUUUAAAAAAAGGUCUCAUGAAAAAAAUCACCAGUGAUUCCCACCCACCCACCCAAUAUACACAUUUUUGUAUGUGGUUUUGCCUACUACAGUGGUACCUUAGUUCUCAAACUUAAUCCGUUCCAGAAGUCCGUUCCAAAACCAAAGCAUUCCAAAACCAAGGCGUGCUUUCCCACAGAAAGUAAAGCAAAACAGAUUAAUCCAUUCCAGACUUUUAAAAACAACCCCUAAAACUGCAAUUUAACAUGAAUUGUGCUAUCUAACAAGACUAUUGAUCAUUAAAAUGAAAGCAAUAAUCAAUGCACUGUACUAUAAAAUAAAUAAGGCAGUAUUAUAGAUGAUAAAAAUUAAAAAAUAAUAAUUCUUACCUGCACUGAUGAUAGUCAUUGUUUGGAUGGGGGGGCUUUUAUCCAUUUCCACAGUCACACAAUCAAUCAAUCAGUAGCUGAACUGGGUUCCACACAGUCACAAAAACAAAUUAACCGAAAAAGCCUUAGAAACAAAAAUUCAAAAUAAAUAGUAAAAACAAAAGCACCAAGCUUAAUCUGUUCUGGAAGUGCAUUUGACUUCCGAAAUGUUUGAAACCCAAGGAGCAGCUCCUGAUUGGUGCAGGUGCCCUGGAAACAAUAGCCGACAGCUGCAUCGGAUGUUCAGCUUCCGAAAAACAUUUGAAACACUUACUUCCAGGUUUUCUGCGUCUGAGAACCAAGACGUUUGAGAACCAAGGUACCACUGUAUAUACAUUUUUGCCAGCACUUUCCACUAAUAAUAAACUUUUUUUUUUUGCAUGCUAUUUUCACAAAUACAACAUGCCUUUUUUCAUGCACACAUCACCCUGGUGCAUUUUGUACACCUUAGUGGGAUGGAGAACGGCACUGCAAAAUUCAGAGAGGUGCAAAUGGAGAGUUUGGCUUCCCUCUUCAGCUCAGCUGGAGUUUAUUGAGCUGUGGGAGCCAUUGGUAGUUGGCCUAUGUGUGAGUCAGCGUGUUUGCCACAGGAAAGAAGGGUGGGUGGAGGUGGGAAGAAAGAGAUUUCAACACCUGGACAAUGAACUGAGGCAGGACUGAUGACCACAGAGCUGUCCUCAGACUGGCAGAUAGGAGAGUCUGGGCCAAAAAAGGAUGUGAGCGGGGAAUGGCAGAACCUGUUUUUUACUUCCCUGUUUAUUCUCUGAGACACACCUCCUGUGGCACAAUCGGUCUCCCCUACCACCCUUCAGCAAAGAUCUGGAAUUGAAGCAGAAAGUGUGAUGGAAGAAGAGGAGUGCAGAUCUCCUAUAGCGACAGAGUGAGAUGUGUGACAAUGCUGGACAAGGAUUCAGAGUCAAAUAAUAAUAUAAUAAAAAUUUAUUAUUUAUACCCCACCCAUCUGGCUGGGUUUCUCCAGCCACUCUGGGCGGCAUCCAACAAAAUAUUAAAAUACAAUAGUCUGUUAAACAUUAAAAGCUUCCCUAAACAGGGCUGUCUUCAGAUGUCUUCUAAAAGUCUGGUAGUUUUUUUUCUCUUUAACAUCUGGUGGGAGGGUGUUCCACAGGGCGGGUGCCACUACCGAGAAGGCCCUCUGCCUGGUUCCCUGUAACUUGGCUUCUUGCAGCAAGGAAACUGCCAGAAGGCCCUCAGCGCUGGACCUCAGAGCGAUGGGGGUGGAGACGCUCCUUCAGGUAUACUGGACCGAGGCCGUUUGGGUAGUGUAAUCCACAUGCUCCAGCUGUUCCUAUCUUACCAGGGAGAGUCUGUGUUGUUCCCGGGGGGCUUUUCAGCAGGGAACUUGUCUGCUGCAAAUUAUUGCCCACAUUUUUAAAAGCCAUUGCCUUCAUGGGCGUAGUAGCCAGGAUUUAUGUUGUGCGGGGUGGGGGGCGGGACACCCUCCUGUCGCCAUCCUCUGUCUGGUUCUGUCUACCAGAUUCAGAAUGAAAUGUCUCAGCAGCAGUUGUUACCAAUUACUUUCUUUUGAACCCAAGGGCUCAGAAAAGCUGUCAAAAUCUUUGUACCAUUUCUACUUUUAGUUUUUGUUUUUUCUUGAAUUUUUUUAAAAUUAAUUUUCAAUUACAAUAAUCCAAUAAAAGGAUCAUUUUAACAUUGCCAAAUUAUAAUACCAUUAAUAAUGCCAAUCAUUCAAAAGCCAAAUUAUACAAUGCCAGAGUUGAUGAUUUGAUGAUUUACUAUAUUUUUGCAUUCCAAAAUCUUAUAAACUUCCAUUAUACUCCAGUCGGAAUAACAAACCCUUAUACCGCAACUGCAGUUUUAAUGACUUCCAUCUGCAUUAACACAUUGAUUUAUAGUCCCACAGGUGAAGCAUUCAAACUCUCUCUUUGUUCUUCUUGUGUGUGGCAAUUAUUCUGUCCAUGAUGUUUCUUCCUCAAUUUCUAAUUUUAGUUAAGUAUUUUAAUUUAUUUUCUUGAUUUGGUGGGGGGGCAGCUGCCUCACCCCCCACCCCACCCCGGCUACAUCCAUGUUUGCCUUCUUAAAAUGUGAACGUUAGUUCCUUUUGGAUAAACCCGAGUUUGUUCUUUUUAAAAAGGAACUUUCCAAGUUCUGCUCUAGGGGGUGGUUUGAGAGGACAUAAGGCGACCACCUUGUUUGGAACUACAGUGGUACCUCGUGUUAAGUACUUAAUUCGUUCCGGAGGUCUGUUCUUAACCUGAAACUGUUCUUAACCUGAAGCACCACUUUAGCUAAUAGGGCCUCCUGCUCCCACCGCGCCGCUGGAGCACGAUUUCUGUUCUCAUCCUGAAGCAAAGUUCUUAACCUGAAGCACUAUUCUGGGUUAGCGGAGUCUGUAACCUGAAGCGUAUGUAACCUGAAGCGUAUUGCUGUAAAGCAACUCUGGGUCUGGUCUGUGCCCAGGGAACUGCACAAUGUAUCACCUUGGUUUCCCUGAUGGAAGAAAGGCAGGAUCAAAAAGCAAGAAGAUCAAUGGAUAAUUAAACCAAGGCUGGCUUUACCAUGGAGCAAAACGAAGCAGUAGCGCAGGGCGACAACUUCAUGCACCCGGCCUCUAUCUCUGUGUACCUUUAAAAAAACACACAAAAAAGUGAUAUGCGGAAGGUCAAAUGGUUAAAAAUGGCAUUUUAAAGAGCCAUUGAUUUGGCUUAUUUGCUUGUGGGAAGCAUUAUCAACAGAGUUCAAACAGUCACACCCCCCCAAAGAAAAGGUAAAGGGAUUUGUGGUUUUGGCAUGCACAGUUCGGUUUCAUUGUUUAUAUGACAAUAGCCCUCAGUGUGUGUAUAGUGUGUCUGUGUGAGAGAGAGAGCUAUACUACUGGGCAGAACCACAGGUGUGAAAAACUCCUCAAAUGACACCUUUGCUUUACUCCAAAAGCUACCUUUCUGGAACUCGAGGCUAAUACCAUGUCCAGGGGGUGGGGGGAGGCAGAAAAAAAUGCAGAGGUACCUCGGGUUAAGUACUUAAUUCAUUCCGGAGGUCCGUACUUAGCCUGAAACUGUUCUUAACCUGAAGCACCACUUUAGUUAAUGGGGCCUCCUGCCGCCGCGCUGCCGGAGCACGAUUUCUGUUCUCAUCCUGAAGCAAAGUUCUUAACCUGAGGUAAUAUUUCUGGGUUAGUGGAGUCUGUAACCUGAAGCGUAUGUAACCUGAAGUGUAUUUAACCUGAGGUACCACUGUAUAACGGGAUUGUUUUGCCAUGUUUUUGUGUUACAAAUCUCAAUUACCGAUGUUUUCCUGUGUUCCAAAGGAAUUGCUUUAUUGCGUAUUUUAGUUACCUAUGGGUUUUUAUAAUUGAUUUUAUACUUGUAAACUGCUAGACUAAUACUUGGAGGCGGUGAUGAUGUGGGUCAGUAAACUGACGCUGAAUCCCAAAUAGACAGAGGUGUGAGGCGACCCGAAUUCUCACAUCCAGGAGGUAGGGAGAUGGCCCUUUUUGGACUGAGAUGACUUGGCCACUGAACUCCACGCUCCGGUAACUUCCAGAUCGGAUUAUUGCAAUGCGCUCUGCGUGGGUCUGCCUUUGAAGAGCUCUUCAAUUGCUCCAAAGUGCAGCAGCCAGAUUACUGUGUUUAGGGCUUGCAUGUUUAGAACUCAUUCCUGUUUUAAAACAGCUGCACUUUGAGCAAUUGUGAGGCCCAAUUCAAGGUGCUCACGUUAGUGUUUAAAGCCCUAAAUGACUCAGGCCCCCAAUAACCUGAGAGACUACCUCCUUCCCUACAGACCCUAAGAUCGGAGGAGCAUGAGGCUCUCAAUCUCAGGGUUGUGGGUUCCAGCCCCAUGUUGGGCAAAAGAUUCCUGCAUUGCAGGGGGUUGGACUUGAUGACCCUGCUGUCCCUUCCAACUCUAUGAUUCUGUGACCCUCUCAUUUGUUCCACCACCCUCAGAAGUUCGGAUGGUGGCUGUGGCCCUGGAGUGUGCGUUCUCUGUGGCAGCUCCUGAGUUGGGAAACUCGAACCCAAAUUUCAGGGUUGUGUUGGAAAGUUCUGCCUGGGUCAACACUGAUCAGCUUUUUCGCUAUUCCUCUCCAGCUUACCUGCAGGCAUCCCGAGCUCUCAUGAUCAGUGCGUUGGUGCUGGGCUUCUUGGGGAUCCUGUGCGGCAUGUUGGGUCUGCAGUGCACCAAGGUGGCAGAGGGGAACCCCAACGUCAAGGCAAAGAUGGCGGCUCUCGCGGGCUGCAUGUUCAUCUUGGCUGGUAAGUGGAGCGAAAAGAGGAAGCCUUACGACUGUUGACCAAGAUGGAAAUUACUUGCUGAGCAAUUUUCCUGGAUUCAAAGCUGGAGAUUGUUCAUAAGCCUUUUGGUUGGAGUGGGGAACCUCUCUUAUCUGGCACUGGGGAUUCUGCCCCCUGGACACACCCCUCUCCUCAAGCCCCACCCACUUAGCAGUCCUACUUACUGUCAGGAUGCUAUCAGCGGCUCCUAGCUGGUUGCCCAGGAAAGUAUAAAGACAAGGAAUAGUUUUUUACCACCCUUUUUUAUUUCAGUCUUCAUAGAGAGAGGCUAUAGAACCCAGUCUCUUGGAUAAUAGCACUGUCCUGAAUGAAUGUCUCCCACUUCCUUGUUCGUCAUUCUCAUUGUCUUCUCUAUGGGUGCCUCUGUCUUUGAGCUCUUUGCUCUCCUACUUUUAAGGCUCGCCGGGUUCUGGGAGAUGGAGGGUCUGCAAUGCUUUCUAAUAACAAUGUGUCAGCCGGGUGUUGUUCUGGCUCUCCCGUGAUUUCCCAGCUUUUCCUCUCAUCUGCCUCUGAGCUGUGACCUCCCUCAAACCCCUGUUGUAAAUCUAUACUGUCUUCCUCUUCCUCCUCCCUGGAAGGGUCAGGAUGGGGAGGCAGUAUCCACAAUUCCUCCUCUGCCCAGUCCCUGACGCUUACCUAUCCUUCCCAGAGUGUUUUUGCUUGGCUGCAAUGGGUCCUUGAAUUCUGACAAGGCCUCUUGCUUGCUUGGAUGGAGAAUAAGAAAGGGGAGGGUAUGAACAUUAUGUACAGAUAUUAUUUAUUUGUGUAGCUGAAGCCAGUGCAAAAACAAAAUACAUAAAACAGAAUUAAAUGCAUUGCACAGCCAAACUAUUUCUUAAAACCAGGCAUUCUGUCAUAAGAGUGCUGCUCGGAAGCAUUUUAACUAUCAACCCUACAAACUUUUCUCCCUAAAAUUGCUGCUCUAAAGGCAAAAGAAGUGCUGUGUUCACAGAGGGGUGUGUGGUGGAACUAGCCAACUGUAGAAAGCUAGAUGCAAAAUGGACACCAGCUGCUCAUGCCCAUUUUUUCCUCUGGCUCCACCCAACAUUGCCAUGUGUCUCUUGGAAGGUCCGACAGAUGGGAACCUGACCCUCCGUCUGAAAGUGGUUCCCCACCAUUGCUUGGGGUCUCCCUGCGGCGCAGGAGACACAGAGCAAGCAGGGAAGGUUGUCAUUAUUUUAUCUCCUGCCACAUCGGGAGAUUUAAUAAAACUGGAGGAGGAACCUUUCUCAGCCUGAGGGUCUCAUCUCCUUAAUAAACAAUGUUGUUGGGACCAUAUGCCCAGUAGAAGUUUCUGCAUACAUGGACGUGCUUACACACACACACACACACACACACACACACACCUCUCCAUCUGGGCAUCAUCACAGUUCAGGGACACAAUCCAGCAUUGCAAAAACAUUCAAGGAGGGUGCAGAGCAAGGCUGUGACUUGUGGAGGAUCUCAAGGGCCAGACUGAAGAAACUUAAGGGCCGCAUUUGACCCCUGGUUCUUUCCCAAGUAAGUCUUGUCCUCCUCUGCUGGCGAUUGUUGACAGUCUGCUUGAGCUACCAAAAGCAUCCCUCUUUAGUACGCAGAGAUGUGCCAGGGCUUCGUCCUGUCCUAAACAACCUUUCUUUUUCUCCUUGUUCAGGUAUCUGCGGGAUGGUGACCAUCUCCUGGUAUGCCUUCAAUAUUACCCGGGAUUUCUUUAACCCCCUCUUCGUCGGCACAAAGUAAGUCUGCCAAGUGGCAGGAGGGGUGGGGAUGGGGUGUCAGAUCAAAGGACCCUGAACAACAAUGAAAUAGGGGAAGAGAGGCAGUGCUUCCUUCUAGACUGUCUUAAUGACUGGGUCUUUCUUUACAAUGACUUUACUGUCAUAUAUAAAAUACUUAAAUAAAUUAGCAUUAGCAGACUUCAAGGACCCAGGCAAAAGCAUUUAGGGUGCCUUGCGGGACCAGGGAGGGGGUGUGGCCUGAAGAGAGGAGGUGUUGCCUGGGGAGAGGGGGAGUGGCCUGGGGAGAGUCUCAUGGGCCAAUUAGAGAGGACUGGGUGGGCUGCAUUUGGCCCCUGGGCCUGCAGUUCCUGACCCCUGUUUUACAGGACAUGCCCUUGACUGCUUUUGCAUAUCAUAAGAGUUGAGGGUAAAGAGUUUUAUUAUCCAUGUAGUUUAGUUGACCUCAGCACAGGGUGCCUGUUGCCCUGCAGAUGGUGUUGGACUACAACUCCCAACAUCCCUGACCCUUGGGCUUGCUGGCUGCAGGGGCUGAUGGGAUCGGGAAUCCAACCGCAUCAUCACUGGCAUGCCAUGUUUUUUGCAAACAUCCCCCCCCCCCCCCAUGUUUGCUUUUGCAAACUGAAUUCCUUUUGGAUGACAAAAUGUGACGAAAGGAUUUUAACCAAGAUUCCUUUGGGAUGGUUUCCAACGUGCAGGUAUGAAAUUGGACCUGCCCUCUACCUCGGCUGGAGCGCCUCACUGCUUGUGAUAAUUGGAGGAGGAUGCCUGUUCAGUUCGUGUAAGACCCAUUUGUCCCAGGACAAGAGGUGAGAACAAUGCUGGCUCCAAACUUUUCGUGGGGUGGGUAGAGGGACUUGUGCCUUCCUCCCUUUCCCCCUCUGGGUCCUAGCUGAAGGACCAGGUGUGCAGCCUGGGAGUCAUUUUGGACUCACAGCUGUCCAUGGAGGUGCAGGUCAAUUCUGUGUUCAGGGCAGCUGUCUACCAGCUCCAUCUGGUACGCAGGCUGAGACCCAACCUGCCCGCAAACUGUCUUGCCAGAGUGGUGCAUGCUCUAGUUAUCUCCCACUUGGACUACUGCAAUGCGCUCUACGUGGGGCUACUUUUGAAGGUGACCCGGAAACUGCAACUAAUCCAGAAUGCGGCAGCUAGACUGGUGACUGGGAGUGGCCGCCGAGACCAUAUAACACUGGUCCUUAAAGACCUACAUUGGCUCCCAGUACGUUUCCGAGCACAAUUCAGUGUUGGUGCUGACCUUUAAAGCCCUAAACGGCCUUGGCCCGGUAUACCUGAAGGAGCGUCUCCACCCCCAUUGUUUUGCCCAGACACUGAGAUCCAGCUCAGAGGGCCUUCUGGCGGUUGCCUCACUGCGAGAAGUGAGGUUACAGGGAACCCGGCAGAGGGCCUUCUCGGUGGUGGCGCCCGCCCAUCAGAUGCCAAAGAAAUAAACAACUACCUGAUUUUUAGAAGACAUCUGAAGGCAGCCCUGUUUAGGGAAGCUUUUAAUGUUUGAUGUUUUAUUGUGUUUUUAAUAUCCUGUUGGGAGCCACGCAGAGUGGCUGCGGAGGCCUGGCCAGAUGGAUGGGGUAUAAGUAAUAAAUUAUUAUUAUUAUUACCCAGAAAGAAAAGGGAAGGCAAUGAGAGGUUGUUAUGACUUCCUGCCUUUUGGCUAUUUGUCCAUCUAGCUUAGAAUUGUCUUUUCCAGGGACAGGGAGACUGGGUACCUCCAGAAGUUGCUGGACUCCAACUCCCAUCAGCUCCAGCCAGCAUGACGAAUGGUCAGGGACGAUGGCAGUUGUAGUCUCACAAAUCUAUGGAAGGCCACAGGUUCCCUUAUAAAGUGGGAUGGUUAUGAAAGCAGCAAGAAAAGGGGUGGGGGCAAUUCUGAGAGGAAGCAACAAGGCCGAAGCCACGUCAAAAUUUAUCGAAUCGUAACCCCCCAACAUCUGUUUUUGUGUCUUCACAGCUACACUUAUCCAUACAAGGCCCCCAAGAGUGCCCUGUCAGCCCCCACCAACACAGCCCCUCGCCCCCGCAGGGAGUCUAACGCCAGCAGCAACGGAAAGUAUGGGAAGAACGCUUACGUCUAA